UGACGACAUUUUCCCGACCAAUCACAAAUCGACACGAUCUCGCAGCCUUCCCUAGAAAAACAGGUUCGACACGAAGCAGUCCGGAAUGAAGUGAAGAAGGGUGUGGAACGGGGGUGUUUACCGAAAAUUCGGACGUUUUUACCAACUAGCUAACCCCCAGAAACGAUCAAGAUAUGUCAGCGGGCGUCGUGUACACCCCGGCCGGCGCAGCGAAGAGAAUAGCCCCGAUGAACAUCGCGGGAAGACCAGCGCCGAGUUUUACCACCAACAUGGCGGCGACAGCAGCGACGGAACAACAACCACAGCCCAGGAAGAGAAGAAGACUCACUCACCUGACACCCGAGGAAAAGGCGAUGAGAAGAAAAUUGAAGAACCGAGUGGCAGCACAGACAGCAAGGGACAGAAAGAAGGCCAAAAUGGACGAACUGGAAGUAAUUGUGGCCAAACUGGAAGCACAGAACAAGGCUCUACAAGAUCAGAACUCCAGCCUGAAACAGCAGUCCAACAGCCUGAGGAUGGAGAACGCUGAACUGAAGAAGCGACUCGGCCAGUCCCAGGUCCAAUGCAAACAGGAGGCGAGGGAGAUGCCGCCCGCAGCCGACGGCCAUACCACCAGGAUGGAGGGAUCCAGGUCCUCUGAAUCCGCAGCAUUCAGACUUCGUGCACCUCUGCAGCAGGGGCAGAUCUGGAUCACCUCCAGCCUGGUGGCAUGGAUCCUGACGCUGAGUGCGACGUCCUCCUCAGCCUUCUCGAGCAGCUGGACCCCGACAACUUCUUCACCCAGCUCCGAGAGCAGACCGACGGCCUCACGGCCUCCGACCCGGCCUUCGACCCCGCAGUCGCCACGGUUACGCCUGGCCACGCCGUGGGGGCCACAGCCACGCACGGAGUCCGCUGCAGAGCUGAUCCGCCUGGACCACGUGUACCACAAGGAAGCGGCCUUGGACCACCACCACAAGGAACCAGUCGUGAAGACAGAACCCAUGUCUCCGAUGGAGGACACGCUGUCGACCCCCACGUUCACAUUCUCUUCGCCGCCUCUCUCCCCGUUCUCGCAGGACGCGGUUGGCCCACGCUCUUCGCUGACGGACAUUGAUGAUGACAUGAAGCUUCACAGCCCCAUGUCCUUCAAAUCCAGCACCAGCGACUCUGGAAUCGAGGAUGCGCCCUCCCCCUACCAGCCCUUGCUGGGUACUGGCACCUGGGAGGAGACCUUUACAACAGAACUUUUCCCUCAGUUGAUUUCUGUGUAGUGUUCACAGAGUUUUAUCUUUGUACAUAGUUAAAUAUCAGUGGAGUCAGGCAGUGAAAUGCCUGUUUUGAUUUAUUUUUCCGGCCAAAGAAGAGUGUUUAUUGUAAAGAGUGAUAAAAACAUUAGAAAUCUGUGUCAAGUGGCGGGGAGAUCAAAUGUCGCCGUACACUGCUCUUUCCGGAGAGUUGUAGACCACAUUGUAACAACCAAGUGUAACUGAAUGUCAUCUGUUGUUUUAAUGGAAAAAUGGUUACAAUCUAGCAAGGCUGAAGCAUUUCUCAUGUAAGAACAAAAGUAAGCUUUCCUCAUUCCUUGACGGUCCCGACAUAGGUGGCAAGAGCCUUAAAAACCCUAUUAGGGUUGCCUUUGGAAGGACAUGAUGGUCUGAGGUAAAUGAAAGUACUUAAUUAAGUAUUGUAAUUUGAGGAUGUAGACCCUUCUCUCAGCUAUCUAUUAUACCAAAGAAUGUAACCACUAACUAGAGUUGUCUGCUUGUACAUACAGCUGUCCAAGUCUGAAGAUUGUGGUUCUGUCUUCAAGAAAAAUAAAUGGUUCCGACCGA